AUGUCCCAACAAGGCUGCGACAUCAGCAGAGAGAAAAAGAAGAACCGUGCUUUCCGCAACAAAGCCAUCAUCAUGCAAGACAAUGCACCAUCUCAUGCUACAAGGAAUACCUCUGCAUCACUGGCUGCUAUCGGCUUAAAAGGAGAGGAACUCAUGGUGUGGCCCCCAUUCUUCGCUGACCUCAAUCCCAGUGAGAACCUUUGGAGCAUCCUCAAGCAAAACAAUUAUCACGUACAGACCAAUCAUAUAACACAGUGGUACAGGGAGACUCCUCUGUGUUUAUCUGACAGAAGAACAUCAGCAGACUCGAGGCUGGACCGCCUGACUUUAACAGGAAUCUGUAGCCUCAGUCCUCCACACCAGCAGAUGGCGCUAACGCACCGGUAUCACGCCCUUUCACCUCCGACAGCGAAGAAGAAGUGGUGGAGUAAAAGAAGAAGAAAGGAACGCAGGGCUGGAGUUAGCAGGGUGUCAUCGAGGUCUGUUGCCAUGGACGACCAUGCUGACGUGGCCAUGGAGAACAAGACAGAGGUCCCGGCCUCUGACGCACCGUCCUCUCCUGACAAAGAGCAGGCGAAGCCCGCUGCGCGUCAGCCACACCGCCGCACAUUAGGGAGGAGGGGCCAGAGAGCAAAGAGGCGGGGUCAUAUAGAGAAGAAGCGGGGUCAGAAAUCGAAGAGGCGGGGCCAGGAGGACAAGAAGGAGGGCGUGACGGUGAAGAGGACGUGGAGCGGCGGGAAGCGCCGUUGGGACAAGAAGCAUUACUGCGUGUUCUGCCGACGGCCACAGGUGAAGAUCGCACGCCACCUGCUGAGGAAGCAUGCCGACGAACAGGAAGUUCUGGCUGCCAGCACCCUGCCGACAGGCUCCAAAGAACGCCACCUGCUGCUGGAGCACCUGCGCUGCCGAGGCAACUAUCUACACAACAUCGAGGUGAUCCGGCAGGGCACUGGUGAGAUUGUGCCAUGGCGUCAGCCCUCUGAGGAUGUGGAUGCGAGGAACUACCUGCCAUGCCCAUUGUGUCUUGGAUUUUUCCUUCGUGCUGACCUGUGGAAGCAUCAGGUGUCGUGUCGCAAGAAGCUCGCUAUUAACCCGUCCAAAGCCGAAGCGAACGCUGACCCCGCCAACGACGCCACCUCUGGUUCCACAAGUGUCGAUCAGAACACGACCUCUGACCCCGCUGUGAACCGAGCCAGGAAACGGACCAGAGUGCAGGCAGCAGCGUCGCGGCUCCUGCCCAUCUCCAGUGGAGCGUCUGAGAGCUGCAGUGAAAUCCUGCAUCGCAUGAACCAAGAUAAUGUGUCUUACGAGGUGAAGUCUGAUUGGCUGAUCUGUAAGUAUGGCAACAAGCUGAUGGGGAACCAGGAUAGUGGUCAGAGGAGGUACGACUACGUAAGCCAAAAGCUCCGGGAACUUGGCAGGUUGCUCCUGGCUGCUAAAUCCCUUGACUCCGGCGUCCAGAGCCUGCAGGACCUGCUGGCCCCAGGCCGCCUUAGCCUGGCGCUGUCCGCAGCCAGGAAGGCAGCGGGAAACAGGUGGAGCCGCCCUCCACUGGCAGUGAAAACAACACUAAAGACAGUCUGUGAGAUUGCUAUUGGAGAGAGCCUGCAGGAUGGAGACUGGGAGGCUGCCGCCAAGACCACCGACUUCUACCACAUGCUGGGCCGGGAGUGGGACAACCUGGGGCUGCAGAACCCAGAUCCAGCUGCUACAGAUGGAGGAACUAAACCAAAGAAACGACCUGUCCAAAUAAGACUGGACAAGGACCUCAGACAAGAAGUUCUGUCAAAGAGCUCUAACAAACCAGUGACCUCUGCGAUUCCACCUGAAGCCAGAAUGCAGACAUCUGUCUCAGUCCCUGUGGCUCCCAGGAAGGUCCGACGGCGGCCCUGGUCCUCUGCAGAGAAAGAGGCCAUCUGGAGGCAGUUAGGAGUCCAUGUUCUGGUCCAGUCCGUACCAGGUAAGGAGGUCUGUCAGCGCUGUCUGGACUUGGAACCCGUCCUCAGGGGGCGGCACUGGAAGGACAUCAAGAACCAGGUCCACAACCAAAUCCAGAGCCAAAAGAAGCAGCAGUUCCACGCUCAGAUGGAACUCGAGAAGAACCAGGAUCACCAAGACCCGCUCCAGAACCAGAAAAAGCCAGAGCAGCAGCAGUACCAGGCUCCAGUCGAUGAACAGGGAAAGGACCACCGUCUGAACCAGAAGAAACCACCAUACCAGUCCCAGAUGGAUCAGCAUGAUCCGGAUAUUUCUCGGAAUCAGAAGAGAUCACAAUACCACAUCAACAUACACCACCAGGCCCAGGAUAGCAUCCAGAACCAGAAGAAACAACAGGAGCACACCCAGCUGGAUCACCAGGACUAUCUACACAACCACAAGAAGCAGCUGUGUGCCCCUAGAGUGGACCACCAGGACCACAGCCAGGUGCAUAAGAAGCAGCUGUAUCAGAUGGACCAGCAGGCCCAGCCCCUGCAGACCCUGGACCAGGAAACGUCUCUUCUAACCAUCGCACCCUACAGACCUGAUGGGUCAAAUCGAGCCCCUGGACAUUUGCUGCUUGAGCGGGAGCACAACAUUACAACCUACCCAGUUCUGCACAGACCACCAGGACCUCACUUGGACCAGCUGCUGCCCAGAAUAGACUGGGCCGAGGAUGCUGCAGCCCAGAACUAUCCUAUCAGCAGGCCACUGGGCAGGAACCUGCUACAGGAUGUGCCGCCAGGAGGACCACCCCCUGACCCACAGUCGGGACAUGUACACUUCUGACCGACCAGGACGAGCGAUGGACGGUCCUGGUCCAGGUCUAGAGGACUUAAUGAUAGGUCGGCCCUUCUCAAAGGGUGCAUAUCAGAUUUGGUAGUAAAAAGACCUUCUGCUUUUAUGAUAACACAUGUAAACCUUUCUUAGAAGGUCCUUGAAUUUCCUGUGUGAAAUGAGUAUUUGCCUCCUACAGGACUAUAUACCCCAUACUAUAUACCCCCCUGUAUGUUCUGGCAAGUCCAAUGGGUCUGGUUCUGAUAUGUCAGUCUAGUCAGGAGAUAAAACCUGGAUCCUGGUUGAGGUGCUGUUAGAUAGGUGAAACAGUUCAGCUGUGAUGCACCUGAGUUAUACCGACUACGUGCCAGUGCCUGAUCUUAUUAUAAAAGGCGGCUACCAAAAACCAAAACCAGCACCUUAGUGGUCCAGUGUUGGAGCGUUUGAAGAUACCUGUUCUGGGAGGAGCUCCUGCUGAAAGAUUACGGAUGGUAGUGUCAGUCAUCAGAUACUGUCUUCCACAAUCGGAAUUUACCGGAAUUUCUUUCAUAUGAACCAGCCCACAGCUCCACGUCUUAAACCUGUAGAACUGUGGGCUGGUUCUCUGAAGGCACUGAGGCAGAACCAGCUCUGUGUUGGUGUGAAAGAGCUAAUGAAGGGAUCAAGGCCCUUUUCCCUCAUUUAGUCAUAAAGGUGUUUAAAGUUCUCUGUAUGUUUAGCGUGUGGUUCUCCUCACACUCCUCUGUGUGAUGAGCACUGGGGCACAACCCCUGACAGUGAGGCCAAACAGACUCCUCCAGGUGGUUCUAAACGGUUCCUGCAGGUCCCUGUGAGUCCUGCUCUGUGGUGGUCCUGUGAUGGUACCACUGUAUCCUCAAAAAUAACAAGUUGUCAUGUCACAGGUUUAUUCCAAAAUGGAUGACAUUCAUUUUGACCUCAGUAUUCUACACACAGUACUCCAAAAAGGGUUGCUUAAACUUCUUAAAAGCUUUAUUAAAACAUUAAAGAGAAAAAUACAACACAUGCACAGGUAUUCUCAGCCCGAUGUCUCUGUACAUUCAUCUUUUCCUUCAGAGAGUCCUUCAGAGGCCUUUGGGCAAACUCCAGGCGGGCUGUCGUAGCCUGGUUUCCUUACAGGGGUCCCCAAUCCCAGUCCACGAGGGCCGGUGUCCCUGCAGGUUUCAGAUGUGCGCUUGAUCCAUCACAGCUGAUUUAAAUGCGAAUUACAUUUUCAACAUGCCUUGGGCCUGGUAAUAAGCUAAUCAUGUGAUUCAGGUGUGUUGACCCAGGGUGAGAUCUAAAACCAGCAGGGACACUGGCCCUCGUGGACUGGGAUUGGGGACCCCUGCUUUAGCACCUACUCGCCUGAGCCCGCCUUUGUUUGUGUCGUGUUCUAUUACAUUUGAGUUCCACCUCAAUAUGUGUGUGGUUGUCAUAGGAACACAACCAAAAUCCCAUGUGUCUAUGUGCCACAAACACAAUGGAGGACAUUGAGGCGAUGGUAUACCCGCUGCUUGGUCUGUGGGUGUUUGUCAGACUCGAGGGCCAUGAUGUCAGUUUGUAUGUAACCAUUUCCCUUGUUGCCGAGUUUCAGGAAUGCCAGGUUUCAUCUAACUCGUGAUUCAUCUAAUGACACCUCUGGCUGGCCAGUCGGGGGCUUUUGAUGUCACAUUUUUAGACUGACUCUGCUCGGUUGGAAAGCCGGGCCAGCAUUUACUAAAAAAGUACCUGGUACCAGGUACUACUGCCUGAUGGAAAACCCUAGAAACUAGGUUGAGCUCAGCCGAGUAGGUACUAGAUGGAUCUGUGGCUCUAUACAGUCCUGCCUACAGACCUGCCUCUGACUUUGUGCUCUGUCAGUUAUGGGAGCUUAUACAGACAGGUGUGUGCCUUUCCAAAUAACAACCAGUCAGGUGAAAGGUGGACUCCAGGCGUGUUGUAGAAAUAUCUGACAGAUGAACAGUGUGCACAGCUGAACAAACAUGUGAGUGUCUGCGCUGAGAGUACUUCUGUCCAUGUUAUACUUCAGUUUUUUUUUUUCAGUGCAUGUACAAGAAUGCCAGCUGACUGUGUGCAGAGACUGUUUACUGUACUGUGUGCAGAGGUGAAGAUGAAUGUCAUGUUGGAAUAAGGCUGUAACGUGACAACACGAGGAACACUGAAUGCUUCCAGGAUGAUGUGCAGAGAUCAUCUAUGAUGUUUCUGUGUCUCCUGCUCGUCUCCCUUUAAUCUGUGUUCAUCCACCCCUCAGUGUUUCGGCUGUCCUCUCCACGUCUUCGUGUCCCUGCAAGUUCACUUUAUCACCACUAGAUGGCAGACCUGUCUCUGUUUCUGGUCCCUGUUAGAGGAUAAGAACAUGUUACAGUCCAGACUGCGAGCUGCUGCUUUUUCCUCCACAUGUCGCAUUUCUGAUGUCCUGUAGAGUCACUGAUCCACAGGUGAUCGAUCCACAGCGGUGGCCUGCAGGAGGAACAUCAGCUCAGACACUGAAUGGCAGCAGGAGGCUCUGUGUGUGUUUAAUGUGUAAUAAAAGUGUCUGUAACUGUCUGUAUCCUGUGAUGGAGCCCUGUCACACUCGGCCCUUUUACUUCAUUAUAUCUGUUUCAAUAAACGAGUCCCCGCUCUGUGAA